AUGGACUAUUCUAAAACCUCUUUUCCUUCGCUUUUGGCCCCAAACUGCCAUAGCGUCGCUGACCUCGAACACGGGAACUUCACGACCAAACUCCCCCAGCAGCUCCGUUUGCCCGCCAAACUUGAUCGCGACGAAUAUAUUGCAUCACUCAAGCACACCGCCGUCGCAGCUCUUGCUUCGCUAUACAACAAUGGCAAGGACUGUCGAGUGUUUAAUCGUCUCAACGGGAGCUUCAACGUGUGUUUUUUCGUCGAGUUCACGCAAUGCGGGACUCGUUGGGCUGUCCGCGUUCCCAUCGAGCCCAGGCUGCACAAGCCAUGGGAGAAGCUCCAAAGCGAGGCCGCAACACUCAAAUAUGUUUACGCCAAUACGAAAAUCCCAGUCCCGGCGCUCCACGCUGUUGGAAACGAUGCGGUAUUGACCGACGAUGAAACAUCGCGCCAAAUGUUCCUCAUUUCCGACCUCGUUCCUGGUAGUCCUCUUACCGACGAUCGCUUGGAGCGGCUGGCGGAAGCUGAUGAUGCCACUCAACGUCGCUUUUUUCUGCAAUUGAUCGGUUACCUCCAAGAGCUGCGCGACCUUGAAUUUCCAGCAAUCGGCUCUUUGAUGCCUACGACAGAUGAUAAGCCCGCAGUGGGUAAUAUUCUCUCAUUCUCAGCGGACAAGUAUCAGCUUGAGCAGCCGCCUUGUACAUCUGCCAAGGAGUAUAUGAGCUUACAAUACGAUGUAUUGGUUCGUCAUGUCGCCGAACCUGCGCCAGACUUUUCAGUAGCCGACUGCCGUUAUGAGCUCUUCGCGCUCCAUACCUUGCGGGAGCCAUUUCGAGAAUUUUUUCAGUCGCACAGGGAAUCUGGCCCCUUUGUUUUGCACCAACCCGACUUACAACCAUGCAACAUUUUGGUUGACGAGGAGCUACGCAUCACAGGAAUCAUUGAUUGGGAAUUCGCUCACACUAUUCCGGCGCAACUCUUUACACCACCCUUGUGGGUGAUAUAUCCUAAGCAAAACUUUCGACAGCUGAGCCUUACAUUUGUCAAGACACUGUUCAGUCAACCGAGACAUGAGAGACUAUGUCGUCAGUGGUAUAAUGGAAGCAAGUUUAACCUUGACUUCUUCUUUGCCAGGCUAAUACGUCAUCCGGGAGACUUGAAUGAAGCUUUCAUGGAAUACUUGCGAAAGCACUUGAACGCUGACUCGGAUCAGGCAGAGUCUGAGUUCUUUGAACGGCAUCCUGAGGUGGCAGUUGAAGCAGAGCAGAAGGCUUUACAGAACGAGCAAUGGAAACUCCGUCCUCGGGGCCUUCCUGAACAGCUACUUGGCCGCUUCGGCAUGGCCAUUUGCACAUGCACGACCAAGGAGCGUGUCAGCACUGACAAGGCUGCUGAAGAUGGCGAAUUUGGAGAGAAGUUCCGCUUCGAAAGAACGCAGUUCAAGUCCCCUGAACUGGCGGCUCUUGCUGCUACUUCCCUUAGCCAAAAACCUAACGCGUACUCAAAUCUCUCCCGGGGGAUUCCGCUUGGCCGCACUUAG